AUGCCCUCACCCAAGGCCAAUCCGCCGAUUCCGAUUGACGCCCAAGCCGCCAAAAUAUCAGACAUAUCAGAAACACAGGACGUGGACAUGUCGGGUCCCAAAGCGCGUCCCCAGUCAGGUUCAGAAGAAGGACAUUAUGAAGCACGAUCCACCUCUCUGACCUCCCAACUGGAAAUCCAAUCAUCUCCCUCUCCUCUUCUGCCUGCUCCAUCUCUCGCUUCCGGCAGAUACAACCGCCAAAUGCUAGUUCCUCAAGUCCGACUGCGCGGUCAAGAAUCUCUGCUAGCCUCCAAAGUCCUCAUUAUUGGACUGGGCGGGCUCGGUUCACCCGCGGCGCUGUACCUAGCCGGCGCGGGAAUAGGUACAUUGGGUCUUAUGGACGGCGACAAUGUGGAAAUCAGCAAUCUCCACCGUCAAAUUGUCCACACCGCAUCUGCUGCACGCUCGGGGCAGAGUAAAGUCCAGUCCGCGGCCACGAGAUGUCGAGAGCUGAACCCCGAGAUCGCUUACAUCUGCCAUGAAGAAUCCGCCAGCGCGAGCAAUAUUCUGGAUGUCGUGUCACAGUAUGAUCUUGUCCUCGACUGCACAGAUAAUCCCGCGACGCGCUAUUUGAUCUCGGAUGCGUGCGUGGCAAUGGAGAAAGUGCUGGUUAGUGGUGCUGCACAGAGAGGUGAGGGUAUGCUCAUCGUCCUCAAUUCCCCGCCCACUUCGUUUGAAGGCGACGAAAAGGGCCCUUGCUAUCGCUGUGUGUUUCCUCGCCCGCCGGCCCCGGAAACAGUACGAGGGUGCAGCGAGAUAGGAAUUCUAGGCCCGGUUGUUGGAGUGAUAGGGACUUUGAUGGCUGGAGAGGCUAUCAAGAUAAUCACGAGCGGCGGACAUUUCUCUCGUCAAACCGAAGCAGAACGGCGGGCGGACAGCACGAGAGCUUCCACGGAAACGCUGAGACAGAAGCCACAACAUACAAUGCUCCUGUACAACACCUACGCCGCUGAUCCACGAAGUAUGUUCCGCACAAUUGGCUUGCGGGGUCGGCGGAAGGAUUGCGUCGCAUGCGGCGAUGACGAAGCUCUGGCAACAAGAGGUCUAAGCAAGGUCACGGCAGAAGUGAUCUCAAACGGCAGACUGGACUAUCAGGCGUUUUGUGGCGUUUUCGAAGAUGUCAAACUGCUCGGCGAGAAUAACAGAAUUCACGCAAAGGACUUUCUAAGGGAGCAUGCUGAGGCGGAAGCACUUCCUGACAGAAGUGGAAAAAGGAAAAGCAAGCCUAUUGUGGUCGACGUGCGUGAAGAGCAUGAGUAUGAACUCGGUCCGAAGGUUCGGAACAGUUUGAACAUCCCAAUCUCGCAGAUUCUGAGGCACGGAAGCGAAGCAUUUGGUGUUCUUGGGUUUGCAGCGAAUGCUAGCCCGCCUCCUGAGAUGGGACCAGAUGGAGGGUUGAUUGAUCAGGAGUCGCAUAUCCCCGUGGCUAGAAGGCACGACAGCUUCCCCACGAAGCCAAGUGGCCAGUCCGAUCAAAUCCCCCCAAGCCCAGCAAGGGAGACACCAGACGGAGAACAACAACUCCCAUCAAUAUACUUCGUUUGCCAGCGGGGAAACGAUAGUCAAAUUGCAGCACAGAAAUUGAUAGAAAGAACUGAAGCUGAAGCGGCAGCAGAACAAGCAGCUGUGCGGAAAAAGAAGUGGAGAUGGAUCGGAGAUGUUAAGGGUGGCUUUCUCGCCAUGGAGCGACAUGCAAGAACAAGUACAUGA